GCGGCGGCGGGGCUGUCACUGAGGGAUCGCACCGCGCUCCGCGGCGCAGGGGAAGCCGCGGCGGCCGCGGCAGCAGCGGCAGAGGCAGAAAUGGACUCGCACUGCGACUGUGCCGAGCCCCCGGCCGCCGAGCAGCCGUCGGGGAGGAUUAAUAAAACCGCCUUCAAGCUUUUCAGGAGGAGGAAGGCCGGGGCAACCAUGCCGAGCAUCUUCGGGGUGCGGAGCAGAGGCGGGGAGGGGAAGGGCGCCGGCAAGCCGGGGAUGGUGCGGAGCCGGACGCACGACGGCUUGGCCGACGCCGUGCUGGAGAGCAGCAAGAAGGAGGAACCGGGCGGCGGCGAGCCGCAGAGCCGCGAGGCGCAGGAGCGGGCGGCCGGCAGCCUCGGCGGCCCCGCCGGCAGCGCCGUGGCCAAGUCGCACAGCUUCUUCUCGCUGCUGAGGAGGAACGGCAGGCAGGCGGAGGGCGCCGAGCCGCGGGCCGGCGGCAGACAAAAGAGGGGGCUGAAGGGGAUCUUCAGCAGCAUGCGGUGGCACAAAAAGGACAAAAACGGCAAGGAGGAGAGGGGGGAAACCUCGGACAUCCCGUCCGGCCUUAUCAUGCCGGGGUCCCUGACCGCCAGCCUGGAGUGCAUCAAGGAGGAGGCGCCGAAACCUUUGUCUGAGAGCCCGAGCGGCGCGGGAGACGCCGGGCCGGAGCCGCCGCGGGAGAAGCGCAGCGGCGAGGCGCCCGCCGCGGCCGGGGAGCCCGGAGCGGGCGGCGCGGAGCCGCGGGCCAGCAGCCCCCCGGCCCGGGAGGAGCCGCCCGCCGCCGUGCGGCCGCCCGAGGAGCUCAGCCGAGAGCGACCGGAGCCGGCCGCCCGAGAGGUUGGGACUGCGAAGGAUGCGGCGAUAACAGGCUGCGGAGAUAUUAUUGCGGACCAUGAGGAGGAUGUGGGCGGCGGGAGUGGCGUCUGCGAGAAGAGCACCCCCGGGCCCAGCAAGCUGGGUGCCACCAAGAAGCACCCCACCAUGGUGGCCUACCAGGGAGGAGGGGAGGAGAUGGCCAGCCCCGACCAGGUGGAUGACACCUGCCUGCAGGAGUUCUGGGAUAUGCUGUCACAGACAGACGAGACUCAGACACAAGCGGGAGGAAGCGGAGGAGGGACAAAGAAGCCCGAGGGGCUGAAGGAAACCCGAGGUACUGAGGGGGCCCAGAAUAGGGUAGUGGUGAAACGUGGUGGCCUCCACCAGAUUGCCAUUCACCUGAACCACAAAGAGGAGCAGAAGAGCAGGGAAAAGGAGCAGCACGAGGGUGUCCCAAACAGCGAUGAGGGCUACUGGGAUUCCACCACCCCUGGACCCGAGGAAGAUAGUUCCACAAGCAUCCAGAAGGAAACCCUUCCCAGGGAUAGCUACAGUGGGGAUGCUCUCUAUGACCUUUAUGCUGAGCCAGAUGAGAACCCACCAGCAGGGCCUAUAAACGAGGAAGUCCCCAGUGUGCCACGCUCCAAGCCCGUGUCUCCGAUAACGACCGUGAGCUCACUGAAAACACCCUCAAGCACAGCGAAGGACUCCAAGAUACCCAUCAGCAUUAAACACCUUUCCUCGCAUCCCACCAGCCAUGGAGCAGAUGCCAGUAACAGCCACCAUGUCGCACACCAUCACCUGGCCAAAAGUGAGAUGCACAGAACAAAAAUCCCUGUCUCCAAAGUCCUGGUACGCCGCGUCAGUAACAGGGGCGUAGCAGGGACAACAGUGAAAACUGCCAUGCACCAGGACAGUGCCAAAAAGUAGUUGGGUAAGAGGUGGAGACAAAGAGCGAAGUUCAUGUGGGAGUCUGCAUAGGAGGCCACAGAUAAGGAAUUCAUUUUGCAUCACCUGAAGAAAGUCACCUAGUAGGCUUCCUUUACUGUACUCCGUGGGCCUGCACUUCUGAGUCUCUUCUUACUAGACUGUACAGCUGAAUAGAAAAAGUCAACUUCUUUUUGAGCACUUUUUUUUACAUUUGUAUCUUUUUUCUGCAACGCUAAACACUGGGGAGGUUCAUUUUUACAUGCCUUUCUGGAAACAGGACUUGGAUUAUGACCAUCCUUCCUCGUGCAAAGCAGUGUCAUGAGUUCUUCAAGGGAACAGAGCUACAAAAGGAGCGACAUGAGAGGUUCUCCAAUACACUUAUCUUCUAAUCAUUUCUCGGGAAGGAGUAGAGGCUGGGUGCCUGGCUGGCUGUGGAAAUGAUGUUUGCUCCACAAGAUGUUGGAAAAAAUGCCAAGCAGAAAACGACCCACCUAACAGGUAUUUUACCUGCUGUAGGAACGAGAACACUGCUCAGCAGCAGACUUGAUUGACUUGUGUGCGGGAGAUAAAACUAAGGAGUUAGGUGGACUCGUCUAACAGGAAAACAUAUUUUCGUUUGUCUGUCUGUCUGGUUGGUUUUGAUCUGGUCUAAUGUAAAUGGGUAACAGAGACACCUGACAUAGGUUCAGAUGUUUACAUCAAUACUUGUCCGAUAAUGCUACAAUCAGGUUCAGGGAAACAUUUUACUAAAUGCCAAUAUAUACACACUGUCCACAUUUAUACAAUAACUUGCUCGCCAUGUGUAAAUAUAUAUGUGUUUUAGCAGAUUUUUUAUAAAAAAAAACCAACACCUGUCCUUAUUAUCUAGAGUUUAAGCAAGAGUUAGUUUUUAUAGGUAGAUAAUUUUACAGUUCUAAAAGGAUAGAACUUUGUGUAAGUACCUUAAAUUAGAGAAAAACUCUGGUUUGUAUGGGCUCAUGCAUCCCCAGAUAAGUAAGUCUGAAGUGCUGAUUUUAUUCCAGUGGCACAUUCCAUGGCUCAGAGCUGAUGUUCUGACUGCACUGCCACUGCAAACCUCUAUUUUCAGGGGUUUAGACAAAGUUGCUCUGGGCUUAAACCUUACCGAGAAGGAACCCAGCAAAGAAACGUGUUUUUUAAGUAUUAUUUUUUAAAAUAUAUAAAAUUAGUUUUUGACUAUUUAAAGAAAGUUUGGGUUCUCAUUGCUUUUUAUUUUCAUUCUCAAUAAUGUCAGAAUAAUUUUACUUUAAGAGAGAAAAAAAUAUGGUAAGCUAGUGGUACAUAAAAUGGUCUGAUGAGCUUGGAUCUUAGGAGAAAUAUAUUAAUGGCCAUGACAUUUUUGAAUAGUGGCUACUGUACAUGGGCAUUGGCAACAUUUCAAAGAAAUAUAAUAGGGGUUUAAUGUGCCUGAGGACAUAUUUUUAUGAUACACUGAAAAAGCUCUAAAAAUCACUGAAGUCUAAAGGUAAAUGUUAUGUAUUUACAAAAUAUUUUGAUAUAAGUAUUUAAUCAUCAGACCACAGUUAAUAUAAAAUAUAUGCUCCAGUGUAUCUAAAGAAUAAUUUACAUUUUAAAAAUAUACAUGUCUAUAUUAUGCAGAGAAUCCUAAAUUCACAUCACUGAAACUAAUGGGUCUGAUCUUAUAUAGCAGUUGGUUUUAUUGUCUCUUAAAUCAAAAGGAAAAAAAAAAGGAAAAUAAAUAUACAGAAUAUACAUUUGAAGGAUAUUAAGGUUGUAGGCAAACCAUAAAAAACCAGGAAAUACCAUAAUAAGAAUUGUAUAUAUGUAUAUGCAUGAUUCAUGGUUCACUGGGGAAAUGACCUUUAAAGUCAUGAAGGUCAAAUUGGCAUCCAGUUUUGAAAUUGCUGCAGAAUUUAAUACCGAGUUGCAGCAUCCCAGUGAAAGUGUUAGUUUCCCUGACCAGCCCCUAUUUUUCAUGGUUUAAGAACCUUAAUACACUUCAAAGAGGAUUAUUUUAUGUUUCCUUCCUGACAUGUACAUGUGUGUUUCCCCAUGUGCCCACUCACACCAAUGUGUUGUACAUAUGCAUGGGCAGCGAGCACGCAGCUCCUGGCAGGGUCCCUGCGCCAGCCAAGGUGCUCCCCGCGCAUACUCACACUCGUGUGAGCCCUCCCACGCACAGUCUGGGGGCUGUGCUCCACAUCUGCCUCCAAACACCAUGGUUUCCUUUGCCUGAGAAAGGGAUUUGCAUUUGGUCUGACUCCACUUGUGCAUUUUUGAAAGUCAAAGCUGAAACACCUCAAAAGGUUGUAUGUACAGAACACAGAAUAUUAUCCUGCUCCUCGGCCCUAAACAUGACAUUCCUUUUCCCCUUCUUUUGUUUUUGUUUGACUGUAAGGGGUGCAUCUUUCCUUACAUGACAACUCUGCAGAAAGAUCAUAAUUCCCCAUUUUGUUCUAAGGACAAAUUGUGCUGAGAGGUUCUAUAGGGUACUGGAAGUUGAGAGGGAGGGAGGAUGUAGUGGUAGUACCAUAACAACUGGAAGCACUGAGUACAGGCAGUAGGAGUAGUGCAUCUUUAAACCCACUAGGAGAUGCCAGCUGCCAUCUCUACAGGACUUGUGUGUGUCAAACUAUACAUCAUAGGUGUUUUGUUUGCAUUGUGGCAUGUCUGUAUUGAGAAACCAAGUGUGACGCUAGACUAACUCCCUCUCACGUAACCACUAACACGAAUCACCAUUAAAAUGCUUUGGCUUCCCUUCA